GAGAGCGAAAGAAAGAAAGAAAGAAAGAAGCAGAGAGACAGCGCGAAGGGCUGGAGCAGGGGGCAGAGGGCCGGGCAGGGAGGACGGAGGGAACAUGAAAGAGGAAAAAGAAGGGAAAAAUCCAAGCGCUCAAAAGGCCGGGUGUGAGAUAGGAGCUUGCCCCCACCCUCCCCCACCUGCCAUGUCUGCCCCCCCGGCGCCAUCCGACCACGUAACAGUGAACAUGGUCACGGAAGAAGUCCAGAUCCAGCUGUGCCCGGACCCACAUCUGGUGAGCACGACCACGGGAGGCGUGGAAGGCGCCUGCCACCGCUGCCUCCUGCCCUUCAGCGUGGUGGCGCUGCUGAUCGGGGUGGCGGUGACGGCCGUGGCCUACGCCCAGGACACCCACGGCUCGGUGCUGUCAGUGCUGGGCCUGGGCCUGCUGGGUGCCGGGGCGCUGGGCCUGGCCGGGAGCUACCUGGCCUACCAUUGCCGGGGCCGCAAGAUCAGGGGCUGGAGACGCGGUAGCUUCACCCUGUUGGUGGGGGACCAGCUGCAGAAGGUGGUGGUGGUGUGAGAGUCCGAUCCUGGCCAGCGUGGGGCUCCAGUCCGGG